AAGAGAGCGGAUGUGACGACUUGCUGUGCGACAGCUUGACCGAGGCCCGUUGAAAACACCGCAGCUGAGCUCAGCCUGCUGCUGCAGCUGCUGCCUUCACCUCCGAAUACAAAAACAAUCGCUACCCGCUCUCUUCACCGAAUCGAGGACCCACCGAAGGCUGCUUCACCUCGGCGGUUUGAAGCUGCGACGUCCGUUGAGUGCUCGGCGGUGUCCUGGUGCUGCUUCUCCGCCGUGUUUGUGUUUGCUGGCGGCUGGAAAUGGAGGCGGCCAGCGGGCUGCUAGGUAGCCUGGUAGCGGCGGAGGGGAGCGGCUGAACGGAGCAGACGAGACACGGAAUUGAAAACACUCAGCGGAUAAAGAGCUCUCGGUCGGCCGGCUGGUUAGCAUGGUGGAGUAGCAACGGCCGUAGAACCGACGGACGGCUCGCUCUAACCAUGGCCCCGGGCUCGCUUGUGGCGGCCUGCCGCAGCCUGGCCCUCUCGACGUGGCUACUGUCCUUCUGCUUCGUCCACCUGCUGUGCCUGGACUUCACGGUGGCCGAGCGGGAGGAGUGGUACACGGCCUUCGUCAACAUCACCUACGUGGACCCGGCCACCUCAGAGCUGCGCACCGAGAAGACGGAGUGCGGCCGCUACGGGGAGCACUCCCCGAAGCGGGAUGCCAAGGGGGUGCUGGUCCUGCCCGCGGCCCCGCUGGACCGCCAGGCCUGCGACUCCAACACCCGGUUCCUGCCGCCUGCUCAGGCCUCGUCCUGGAUCGCGCUGAUCGCCUCGGGAAACUGCACCUACAAGGACAAGAUCCGCCACGCCGCGGCCCUCAACGCCUCGGCGGUGGUCAUCUUCAACGUGGGCUCCGCCAACGCCAACGACACCAUCACGAUGCCGCAUCUAGGGGCCAGUGAGGUCGUCGCCAUCAUGAUCCCCGAACCCAAAGGUCGUGAGGUGGCAUCGCUGCUGGAGCGCAACGUGACGGUCACCAUGACGAUCACCAUCGGCACCAGGAACCUGCAGAAGUACGUGAGCCGGACGUCGGUGGUGUUCGUGUCCAUCUCCUUUAUCGUGCUGAUGAUCAUCUCGCUGGCCUGGCUCGUCUUCUACUACAUCCAGAGGUUCCGCUACGCCAACGCACGAGACCGCAACCAGCGUCGUCUUGGUGACGCAGCGAAAAAGGCCAUCAGCAAACUGCAGAUUCGAACCAUCAGGAAGGGCGACCAGGAGACCGAGUCCGACUUCGACAACUGUGCCGUCUGCAUCGAAGGCUACAAGGCCAACGACGUGGUCCGGAUCCUGCCCUGCAGACAUUUGUUCCAUAAGAGCUGUGUGGAUCCGUGGCUGCUGGACCAUCGUACGUGUCCCAUGUGUAAGAUGAACAUCCUGAAGGCGCUCGGCAUCGCGCUGAACGCCGACUGUCUGGACGACCUGCCGCUGGACUACGACCUGGCUCUGGGCGGGGUGGGUGGAGUCGGGGUGUUGGCGCUGGAGGCGGUGGUUUCCGGGGCGUCCAGCGACGGAACGCUGAGCGAAGGCGGCUCCUCGGUGGUUCUGGACCCGGGCGUGAGACGGGUCGGGCUCCCACAGGACUACCAGGACCCCGAUACCCUCAGAGACAGUCCGGUGACCGCCACCACCGACACCCACACAGGUGAGCUCCAGCCGAUGGCGAGCAGCGCCUCGGUGGCGUCGUUCGUCAUCGCCGUGGAGACGGGCCUGUCGGACGAGGAGGGGUUGAUGGAGCCUCAGCUGGGGGACAAAUGCUGAGAGCAGAACCAAACCGGAACCGGGCCACAACAGACUUCAGCGGGCCUGAAGGUCCGACAGUGACGAAAACAUCUGAACCAGAUCCGCUCCGAGCUCGGGCCAGGAUCUGGUUCUGGUGACCAAUCUAAACCCGGAACCAGCAUCAGGGUUCUGCUUGGUUCUUGUCUUAGACGCGUACUACUCAAUGCCAACCUGUCUGGACUCCAGGUGGACUCGAGCCCGGCUGGAACCAGGGCUGAGACCUGGAUGGGUUUUAAUGCAGAAUCGUUCAUGUUAGGAACCUGUAAGACCCGGUUUGGUUUUUGGUUCCACCGGGUUUGUCCCAUUUUGAACUGUCUGCCGUCUCGGUUCGCUCCGUUUAGAAAGGAGAAAAAUAAACUUCCUGCUUCAUUUCAAACGCUGUUGAGCCUUUCUGUGUGCAGACCUUCAGUUGGGUGUCUGUCAGCGAUCCGGUCCAGGAUCCUGAGGAGUUCUCUGGAUCUUCAGUGGAAUAUUCAGUUCCCUGGUUUCGCUUGUCCCGGUUGGUCUGGAUUGUUUGAACAGUUAUUCUGGUUAAUUUAGCUCCUGUUGAUUAGCAUCGUUUCCGUCAGGACUUUUAUUUGAGAUGGACGCAGCUGCAGCUUCUUCUCCUGGAACUUUGCUGACGGACUCUUGGCGGUGUUACUGCAGCAGUGUUGCUCGUUUCCUCUCUUUUUGCCCGUCUUUGUCUUUGUUCUCGUUGGGUUCUUCAUCUUGACAGUGGUUUGGGUUCCAGCAGGGUUCCUGGUUUCCAGAACAGAACAGAAAUGAUGAGUUUAAAUCAGUCUUUCUAAAGACCACCACAUGGACUUUAGUUCUCCUGCUGUACAGACCAGAACAUGGUUGAUUCUGCUGUGAGGUUUACAGAACGUCCUCUAAUCGAACCUUUUCUGUUUCCUCUGUAGGAACCAGCAGCUUUGCUGUUAACUCAGAGUGACCAUGACGGCCCCAACAAUCAAUCGAUUGGUUGUCGAUAUCAGAUUAACCACCACCUGUUCUGAUAACCAGGUUAUUUAUUACUAACUCUUUAAAAUCUGUGAUUGCAGCUUCGUCAAUGUGAAUAUUUGGGUUUCUUUCCUCCUCGAUGACACUAAACUGAAAAUCUUUGGCAAUCUGAACAUUUGUUGAUGUUCUAACUGCAGGAACGUUCCCUGCAGAACCUUUAGAACCUCUUUGAGGGCAAAUUUUGCCCAGAAACACUGCUGUGAUAGGUUAAAGUGAGAGAGGACAGCAUGUUUUCUGUCCUCUCUAAUCUCCGUGAGGAACAUAAAGUUCUCCAGAUGUUCCAACACAACAAACCUCCAUUGUUUUGCUGGUUUGAACUGCUUGGUCCUGGUUGGUUCUGUUCUCUGAGUUAAUAUUUGGAUCUCCAGUGGAAACAGAAAGUCUGAAGAUUGAUCCUGUAAACCUUCACCUGAACAGAGUCUCCAUCCAUCCAUCCAUCAUCUCCACACCUCUUUAUCCUCUGUAGGGUUUCCUCAGCAGAAAUCCUCCUGAUGAGCUUUCUUUCGGUCUUUAGGUUCAAGUUUACAUUAACAAGUCGUGUGAGGAGGAACUUUGUAAUCAUUUCUGGGUUUAAAGACAGAUUCUGGUUUCCUGUUUGAAGCAGAUCAGAGCUAACGGAUGUAAAGAUGGAUCCUCGUUCAGUUUUUCUGUCCCGACCGCUCGUCUCUCGCUGCCUUUUUAAAGACACGUUUACCUUCAACCCGACAAUCAUGGAUCGGAGCUUCGUCCUGCUGAUCGUCUCUCUGGACUUUAAGAGUCGGAUCUGCAGCUGGAACGCCACAGCGGCUGUAAAGCUGUGAAUAAACGGACACUCGAGCACAGAAUCUCAGCCCAACGUGUAAAUAUAAAUGUACAUGAACCCGAGUUCACCGUCGGACCGCGUGGAGUCGCGUCACGUCGCUGCCGUGAGUUUCCCGAGAGAGAUAAAGAUUGUCGUCUAUUUUGAUACCAGAGGAGACGUUUAUUUUUGUAACGAAGAGACGGAAUUCCUCCCGCUGUGUCUGAAUGAUUCUCAGCGAGGUUGAGUUCCGAUCGGGCGGAUUUCAGUGUUGAUUAUUUGUGUAAUUGUACAGACGGUUUGAGGAGAACCUCAAUGAAACGAAACCCAAAACUAUUGUGAAGGUUCUGGAUGGAAACUGAGAGAACUGAGCCGAGUGUAGGAGAACCAAAGCUGCACUGAUCCGUCCGGCAAAAUGGGAAUAAAAGGGCGUAAAGUUAAACAGUUUGCUUCUAAAAAGAGUAAAGUCCUGCUGGAUCUUCUUUUCUGGAACUAUGAUGAUAAUAUUUGGGGUAAUUAAGUGAAGAUGGUGCUUCUGGUUCUGGUUCAUUUUCUCUCAGACUCUCAUCAGAAUGCUUUUAUUUUGUAAGGUCCUUCCUGUUUCUCCGCUGCCUCCUCACGUUGAGGACCAGUUUGAAUUUAAACCAGCAUGUUCCACGGCGACGUCUCGGCCAGUUUUCUUUUUCAUCUUUACUUUCAAGGAAUUCUUUUCUUUCUUUAUGUGAAAACAAACUUAAACCUCCUUUGAAUCUGUUUCUGUUUGAGCCGCAGAGACUGAAGCUGCCGUGACACGAUGAUCCGUCGCUAUUGGACUUCCUGAAAACCGUCAAAGCUGCUGUUUUAAUUUGGUGCUCUUAUUCUGAAAUCGCCUCUUAGGGUUUUUUUUCCAACAUGCACUUCCUGUCAUUGAGAAAGCUUCCAGAAGAAUGUUUUUUGACAUUUUAGACCUAAAACUGACAUAUUUAGCUUUAGCAAAAUCUAAAAUAUCUAAAUUAACAGCCUCCUUUCUGUAUUCGACUCGAUUCUCUUUAGAUUUAGAAGUUUAAAUUGACAAGCGAGACAGUCAAGCUGCCUGUGAUAGCAACGGCUAACGGAAUGUUUUAGGUGUCAGGAAUUUCACAUCCAUGAGUUGAGUUUUUCCAAUUCUGUCGUCUUGAAGUAGAAUAUAGAGAAACUUGGAAUCAGUUUUUUUUAUUCUUGUGAAGCUAAAUUAUUCCAAAAAUGUUCCAGUUUCCUGUAGUGAUGGACAGAAAUGUGCAAACUAUGACUCUCAUUGUUAUUGUUGUAAUUAUGGGAUGACGAGUCCAAAUUACCAUAUCUUUUAAUCGCAGUUUCAUUUCUGAGUUUUAUGGAAAACAAUUCUAGUCAGAAAGACUCUUAAUUAUGAAGUUUCGUCUAUCAUCUUCCAUCUAUCUAUGUUAGCAUUUGCUAACAGGAAGUUUUAGAUGUUUAGGUUAGGGUUAGUUUUACAUCCGGACUGUUUAGCAACAAGGUUUUAGGGAUUCUGAUGUCUCGAAGUCGAAAAUAGAGUACCGUAUUUUCACGACUAUAAGGCGCACAUAAAAGUCUUAGAUUUUCUUCAAAUUGUGCGGCGCGCCCUAUGGUGCAGUGCGUCCUGUGUGUGUUGUUGUUGUUGUAAGGCGGACGUAGACCAGGUGUUUUUUUCCACACAUCACCAUCGCUGUUGAUCUGUGACUCUAUGCGUGCCCAUCUCACAGCCGAUGUGAAAAAACAAGUGAAGCAAAUGAACUCUGAGCUUGCUGUCAUUCCGGGAGGCCUGACAAAGGAACUCCAACCGCUGGACAUCGGUGUGAACCGGCCGUUCAAAGUAAGGCUGCGAGCGGCGUGGGAGCGAUGGAUGACCGAUGGAGACCACAGUUUCACUAAGAGUGGAAGGCAGCGCCGGGCGAGUUACGCCACAAUUUGCGAAUGGAUUGUAGAUGCUUGGGCUAACGUGUCUGCUGGCACUGUUGUUCGAGCUUUCGCAAAAGCCGGCAUCAUUUCCGAGGCGCCGCACGGCACGGAAAGUGACUCUGACAGUGAAGAAAGUGAACCUGGCAUGUUUGAUGGAGGUUUAGCGCAGCUGUUCAAUUCAGAAACAGAGGAUGAGGACUUCCAUGGGUUUGAUUGAUGACGAUUACCGGUAAAAAAAAAAAAUGUGAAUACCAAACUCAGUUUUACUCCCGCUCUAUUUUUAAAUACGCACACUUGUAUGCUUGUGUGUGUUGUUGUAAGGCCGACGUAGUAGAGGACACCAUGAGAACGUUAAAGGGGGAAGUGUGGGCGUGGAUUGUAUAUAAAACCCUCGCCAUAUAAUCAGGUGCGCCUUAUGUGUGUUUUAAAUACAGUAAUGGCACACAUAACUGAGACUGCGCCUUUUGGUACAGUGCGCCUUUUGGUCGUGAAAAUACGGUAACUUGGAAUCAGUUUUUUAUUUUUUUGAAGCUAAAUUAUUCGAAAAUCGUUCCAGUUUCCUGUAGCGAUGGACGGAAUUGUGCAAACUGACUUCUUGACGAUCAUCAUGUUUGUUGUAACUAAGGAGUCCACAGUAUCGCAACCUUUAAUUCUAAUAAAUGAGACUCUGAUGAAGUUUCGUCUUAAAAACAAGGAUAAUGUAAAGGUUUCAUACCAAUGAGAUAGUCGUAAAUGUAAAAAUGGGAAGUAACGACCAGAUUAAUAAGAAGAAAUGACUCAAAAACAAAACCCAACUUUCCCUUCUUCUGUUGGCUUUACCAGUCUGAUAAUGGAGCUUUAAAAGAUUAAAGUAAAACUUGGACCAUCGUGUCACUGCCAGUAAUGACGUCUGGUCAGAUCAGCACCUCCCCGAAUGCUGCGUUCUGAUUGGUUGCGCGCCUCUUUUGAUGAUGCACUUUAAAUUCUGUUACUCUGGAAGGUUCUGGAAAAGUUUCUCCUAUUGUUCCCUUCACGACUCUUUUCUUUUCCACUUUGUUUUGUGUGUUUUUUGCCAGUUUUUCUCACCGUUGGGGAUGUUUCUGGAUUAUUAUAGAUUCUACUUAAUUUCUGCUGAGAACAAGUUUUUGGACGAUGUUUUCAGGUGGAUUUAAAACAUUUCAAGAACUCCGCUGGUGUUCGGUUCUAAUUAUUUAAAGGCGGAACUUUUAAUCCUUCCAGAGACGCUGAGAGUCGAUCUGCUGCCGGGGCGACAGGGUGCGAUGUUGUGUUCGUUUCUAUGAUCUUAACGUGGACUUUGUUUUCCAGAAAAUUCGUUUGUGCGAUUUGUCCUGCAGCCCUCGUACACAUGUAAAUAAAUACAGGCGGCGUUACUCCAUGUUGUUUCUGUGUUUCAGUUGUUGCACGUGUCCUGAUCCAGGACAGAAUUUAAAUAAAGUUACUGCAAGUUUUUGUUUUUAUUCCGA